CGAAAUCCAUAGGAAUUUCUGUUUCGCUCACUGAUGUUUUCGAAUGCAUCUAAAAACGUAAACCGUCUCUUAGCAGCACGGGGCUCGCUUCGAUGCUCUCCAAGCCCAAGGUGGGUUAACAAAAUCCACCGUGGACCCGAGCCGUCGAAAAAGUCCGUGUCUGGUGUAGGCUUUGCUCUGGCUGGAGCAACCGUUGCCAGCGCCGCCCUUUACGCUCGCUCGGGCAAAACUCUAUUCAGUCUGCCGUUCAUCGGUAUUUUGUUCGAGGAGAAGGAAAACCAAGACACGGAAGAAUACGUCCACUUACCGGUGGAAGAGGUGAAAAAGUCAGUCGUGGAAGAGAUUCUCGAGAUGCGUCCGGUCGAGCGAUUCGAAGCGGCCAACAAACUGCUCACAGAGUUGACCACCAACUUGGGUUUGAGUGUUUUUGCCGCUGUGUCGCUAAACAGUUUGGCCGCGAAGUCGAUCAGAGCGUUGGAAGACGACAUGUCAAUUUUCGCCAAAGACCUCAGCAACAGCACCUCUCACGACUCUGGCAGUGACGAAGCUGUGCUACGCCUGCUCAUAAGCGACAAGGAACUGCAACUGACUCUGAUCAAGGCUCAGAAAACCACGUUGGAGGCCAAGGAUCGUUUGGAGGCCCUGGAGGGCAUUCUUCGCGAGCUGUGUUGCUCCAAGAUCCCCCUGUCUGAGGAGGUAAUCGAAAAGGCAGAAAACGGACUGAGCGAGGCGCGAACGGAGCUGAAGGAAGCUGAGGAUUUCCUGGACCUUUCGAUCAAAAGCACUGGCCCGCCAGAGGCACUGCUCAGCCGCGUCAUCCGUUUGACCACCGACAUGGAGGAGGACCUGGGUUUCUCGUUAUCCGGCCUGUGCAGCACCGAGACCAGGGAACUGUACAACCGCGCUUUGGCUCUGCAUUUGGAACAGACGCGACGCAGCACCGAGAGGCAGAUGGAUGAGUUGGGCAGACGAUCAAGCGAGCUGAGACAAUUUGUUGGCGAGGGAGGCGAGAGGCGCCGGUUGGACGCACUUCUCAACAGCAAAGAGGAAGAGUUGCGCCGGAGCGUCCAAGAGCAGAACCACUUCCAAUUAAACCAGCUGAAGAAAAAGCUGGAGCACCAGAUCUUAGAGGAGAAGCAGGCCAGUAUAAAGGGGGCCGCGCUGAAACAUGAGUCCGUUCUCAGAGCCAGGAGUUUCACGUUUGACAGGGAGGUGAAGGAUAAGGUGAAAAAAGCCAAGGAAGACCUUGAUAAGUGGAAGCUGGAAAUCAGUCAAGAUCUCGCGGAGUUGGGUCCAAAUAUGAAAAGGCACGAGUUGAACUUGAAGAAGCUGAGCGACGCAUUCACCUUCGCCAACGCUUGCUUCCGACUUGAGUCGGCACUGACGAGCGACCCGUUCCCACAGCUCGACUGGAAGCACCAGGUCCAGCCCAUCAAGCACCACUUACAGCAGAUGAGCGACAACGCCGAGGGCAAACGCGACUUUGUGCGCGCCGUCAUCGACAGUGUGCCAGUGGCGGCCAUCAACCGCGGCGUGUACACGCAGAACGCGCUGCGGCAGCGCUUCUUUGAGAUGGAGCCGACCGCGCGCAAGGUGUCGCUGCUCAAGAAGAGAGACCACAACUCAACCAUCCUCUAUCUCAUGUCCUACUUGCGCUCAAUUCUGCUCGUGCGGCCCGUCGGCUGCAUUUCCAACCUCGAGAAGACCAACCAGCCAGUCCAGAUCGGCGACCUGACCAACGAAGAACUGCUUGAUAGGGCUAGGUACUUCAUGGAACUAGGCGACCUGAGGCAGGCUGCAUCCUACGUCAACAUGCUGCAAGGAGUGGCGCAGCACGUGAGCAGUGGCUGGGCUGAGGAAGUGGUUUUGCACCUGACAGUGUCGCAGGCGGCGCACGCCCUCUCAGCAAUUGCAGCCACGAUCAUGAACCAGUACAACCAGGGGGUGAAAACUGACGUGGAUUAAAUGCAAUCUGUUUGGA